AUGGGUAAGGUUCACGGCUCUCUCGCCCGUGCCGGUAAGGUCAAGUCGGCCACUCCUAAGGCAAGUGCCCCUGCCCCCCCCUGCUCUCGAAGUUUGCCACAGUCUCCUUUCAACCGUGUCGAGCCCCAGGAGAAGAAGAAGACCCCCAAGGGCCGCGCCUACAAGCGCAUCUUGUACACCCGCCGUUUCGUUAACGUGACCAUGACCGGUGGCAAGCGCAAGGUACAUACACCCCAACCCACCACAUGA